CGGAGGCAACACGGAGUAGUACGAGCAUGCGCUUUGACUGACUUGGUCCUGUUUUGUUUUGUUCAUUCCAUACGCUGCUUAUUAUUCGCUUAGGAAUGGUUGAAUUUCCAAUAGAAACAACCAUCCAGCUUGACCCAGACGGGAACCAAUCAAGCCCCACGGCACAGCAACGGCAAGCAACAGAGCAACUCCAGCCGAGCUAGCCUUGGAGCUGCUGCUUUAAUCUAGAUGUUGCCCGGGGCUUCUGACCUCGAACUCUCGGAAUUGAAAAUAUCGCUGUAAAUCUACGGACCACAGAGAAACUGCUGGCCAAAUCCGCUAACUCGUCGUCAAUAGAAGAAGUCUCGCUUAUUGUCUUAGUAUUCUAUUCAUCAGAUGAGAAAUAAUGAGGAGAACGCAGCACCCUUCCAGAUCUAGCCAGAACUUUAAACCCGGCUCAAGCACGACUGCCAGACACAAAAGAAUACCUUCUCCACCUGGCACUCGUCGGACAUCAAGCCGGACGGGCAGCGGAGCCCCAGUGCCAACUAGAAACAAUGUGCUUUUGGAAGGGUUUUCGUUUGAACCCACAAGGCGGCCGGGCGAUAAAGCAAAGCGUUAAAAUUGUGCUCGAUUACGGUACAACUUUUUCCAGCGUAUCAUAUAUGGUCCACAGCCUCGGCCUCGAUGAGGAGUCUUUGGAGCUGAUGUGAAAACGAUAAAGAUGUACGUUGCAGCCACUGAUUUCUGUAUUUGGCCAUGGAUCUAGGGAUUUUAGAAGUCAGUCACUGAUAUUCCUCAUAUAGGACCCGAAUGAGCCAAGCGGCUUCGCAGAACAAGUUCCUACUGAGUCCUGGUAGUGCGUGAUCAUGCAACUUGAAAGGUUCUUCAUUUCUUCGCGAGUACCUUACCAAUAGAAACAACAAUACGCCAGCUCUACGGUGCCUCUAAAACGGAAAUCUGUAAUUAACCAGUUCGACUCACCAGAACUCACCAAGACUACAGAAAUCGUGUACCCAAACAAUUCAACGGCAAGCGGAUUCGCUCCUCCUGAUUAUACAUAUCAGACGAACGGAGGAGAAGGAGAAGAGGCGGAAGCAGUCAAUAAGAAAGAUUCUGGAGCCGACUAUGACAGACCAAGAGACUUCCUUUGGGAUUAUUCGGUAUUAUCUCGGAAAUUUCAGUACCGCCACAACCGAGAUGCGUCACUUAUCGUCCAAAAAACUCAAACUCUUGCUCCUCAGUACAUCAUACACUGGAAGCACUAGGGCAAGAUUGCAAGAUCAAAUCAAAAAUCUCCUGAAGAAAAAAAUCAUUCGGAAGUACGGGAAGAAGGAUGAGCCAGAUAUGAGGGACGUACAAGACGUCAUCAUCGAUUAUUUGACGGGGUUACUCCAGCACACCAAAAGCCAGCUCGUCAUACAUGAGGGGUACACUGAUACCUGGAAAGUUGAAUUCGAUGUCGCUACACCCGCAAUUUUGUCUCCCAAAGCGUCAAGGAUCUUGAAGACCGCCAUGGAGGCUGCUAUUCCGGUCACCGGGUUUGUAUCGUUGACAGAUGGGGAAAAGUCGGGACAAGUCAUUGGGGGCAGUAUUGACAACUUAUUCAUUGCACCUGAGCCUGAAUGUGGCAUGACUUGGUUGCUACAUAACCCCCCACCAGCCCAUGAGCAGGUCAUGGCUGGGAACGUGAUCAACUGUAUGAACUAUGGUGGGGGAACAGUUGAUUCAGUCGCGUAUGAGGUAGGCCGUGACUACUUACUCCGGCUGGGUGAACAGAUCAUACCGCCUGGAGAUAAGUUAUGGACGAUCAACUUUGUUCAGGUUCAACAAAAAACAUGGCUAGGUAACACCGUAACAGUUGUGGCGGCAGCUAUCUAAAUAGAAUGUUUGAGCAAUUUGCAGCAUAUAGACUUCAUCAUGAGGACUAUUUAUUCUAAAAUUG